AAGCAGAGUUUCUGCUGGGGUAUCGUGGCCAGCUGUUGUUGCAAGGUUCCCGUGAGGAGAGAGAGUCUGGAGUGGGUCCAGGACUAUGACUACCUCAUCAACCAACUCUGCCACAUCUACAAGGCCUACUGCACCGGUCAGGGGAUGCGGGGUGAGGAGGACAGGAGACUCAAGGAAGAACUCCCGAAAGAAGUCCAACAUGAUGACGAUAUCAAAACGUACUUUGAGUGGGUACGGCAGGUGCAGACAGUGGUGUUGGCCUGGCAGGAAAGGAUUAAAGGGAAAGAACUCAACUACGACGAGAUAAUGGUCUAUGCCAACUUUCAGGGAGGAAUCCAGAGAAUUGGCGACGCCAUAAGUGCCUCCUCCAGCAUCCUGGAGCCUCAGAUACUUCAGCAGCAGAAGAACGCCUUCCUUCAGUACUUCGAGCACCUCCACAUCAUGCUGUUAAGAUAUAUACCUGGCAAACAAGAGGUCGGGUGGUGCACUCUCUCCUCGCUUCUCGCGGAGAAUGGCGUGUCCUUUCCACCUGAGGUGGCUGAAGCCAUCACCAAGUACGUGGUGAUUCCCGGAGAGCCAAAAGAAGUGGAGGGAGGAUUGCUCGAGUAUGAAAUGCGAUCGGAUACAAUGGGGACGGUUUAUACCGGGCCAACCCGUGUCUCUCAAGCUGUCCAAAAGACUGGGACUAAAGCAGUUAACGAAGCUUGUUUUUGACCUUCAGGGCUUUCUGGAGCCAAUCCUCAAUCAAAUGGAAAUGCUAGUCUUCUUCAAGCUACACAAUAGUGUCAUGUUCGAGGAAUACCAGAAGCUUUUCCUGGACAAGG